GCGUCCAUGACCCUCAGUGAUGUGCACUAAAAUUUUACUCCUUGCUACUUAGGUCUUGACAUCUACACAGUCAUGAGAACAUACCCAGAGAUGUAGAAAAUCAUGGUCAUUAGACCUGAUCUUAGUUUAGCACACAUGAUGUCCAUUAUGUCGAUGAUUUUUGAAUGCGUAGUAUUCUAAAAUGCAGUGUUGCUCUUUGAAGCCUAUUGUCAUGCAAGGACAUGGAUUCUAUUGUUGGAACAUCCAAAUCAAUUACAGAGCCGCUUAGGUAAGGUGUGGCUGCACAAUGGUGUGCUGGAGUAAUGAGUUUUACAGUGACUGAUCAGGGUGGUGUAUGCUGGUACACCCCGCCCAUUGUAGACUCCUGUGGCAUCCUGUAUGGUAGGAGCCAUCAUGGCAUCUCUCCUGGAUACAUCAAAGCAGUCACCUGUCUGGUUUGAUGGCGGUGCUGGCUACCCACUGCCUGGAGAAGUUCUGGGUUUCCUUGGAGUCAAAUCUAACCAGCUGCAGAUCAGAAAUGUCCUGGAUGAACAGAUUUUCGUUGUGGAGACUGACAGUCCGUCUAUCCGCCCCAGAAACCAGGGUGAGGAUGGUAUACCAAACAUGAUCAAUCUCAGGGAAUUACAUGAGGGCUCAGUCAUCCUUAACUUGAAGAGAAGAUUUGAAGAACAUCAGAUCUAUACAUACAUUGGCUCCAUCUUGGUGGCACUGAACCCCUACAAACCAUUUGACAUCUAUGGGGUUGAUGUCGUUAAGCAAUACCAGAAAGCCUUGAUCGGUGACAACCUUCCACCGCACUUGUUUGCAGUAGCCAACACUGCAUUUCUGAAGAUGGCCCGAACCAGCAAGAAUCAAACUGUGGUUAUAAGUGGAGAAAGUGGAGCUGGAAAGACUGAGAGCACCAAGCUGAUAGUGCAGUUCCUGGCUGCCAGCUGUAACAGUACCAACACAUCACUCAUCACAGAGCAGAUCCUGGAGGCCACCCCCUUGUUGGAGUCUUUUGGAAAUGCAAAGACAGUCAAGAAUGACAACUCCAGCCGUUUUGGAAAAUACCUGGAAUUGCAAUACACAAAUGGUGUCAUCACAGGUGCAAAGACAACUGAUUACCUGCUGGAGAAGUCCAGGAUAGUCAGUCAGGCUCCAUAUGAGAGGAAUUACCAUAUUUUCUAUGAGAUGCUGGCUGGUAUGACAGAAGCAGACAAGAACAAGUAUGGCCUGCAACAGGCACAGUCUUACUAUUACCUCAACCAGGGAGGCAAUCCUUCUAUCCCAUCCAAGAAUGAUGGUGAGGACUUUACUGGUAUCCUGGCAGCGUUAGAUGUGCUGGGUUUCACUGCAGAUGAGACAGAUACUGUGUUCUCUAUAGUGGCUGCUGUCCUGCACCUUGGCAAUGUGUAUUUUGGCAAAUCUGAGGAGGAAAUAGCAACAGUGAUUAGCCAAUCAGAGUUGAGGGUAGUGGCAGAGCUUUUGCAGCUGCCCUUUGAUGGACUUCAUUCUGCAGUGACAGCAAAACUAACGGAAGCACACGGAGAAAAGAUCUAUUCAUCAUACAGCAUGGAACAAGCUUUAGAAGCAAGAGAUGCCAUAGCCAAAUCCCUGUACCAGAGGCUGUUUGUGUGGUUAGUGGAGAGAGUCAACAGAACCGUGUACAAGCAGCCUGAGAAGAGGUGCAGGACAAUCGGCAUUCUGGACAUCUUUGGGUUUGAGGACUUUGAUGUCAACAGCUUUGAACAGCUUUGCAUCAACUUUGCCAAUGAAAAACUUCAUGACCACUUCAACAGACAUAUAUUCAAGAUAGAGCAGAUGGAGUACGAGAAAGAGUCUAUAGGCUGGAAACACAUGACCUGUCCUGACAACCAGCUUUGCUUGGACCUGAUUUCUGCCAAACCACAUGGAAUAUUCUCCUUACUGAACGACCAGAGCAGCUUUCCUCAGGCAACUGAUAGAUCCUUCCUGGAGAAAUGUCACCACUUCCACCAGGACCAUGAACAUUACGAGCGUCCCAGGGUGCCUGCCCAGGAGUUCUCCAUCAGACACUGUGCAGGAAAGGUCUCCUAUAAAGUCCAUGGUUUCCUGGAUAAGAACAAAGACACCAUGAGAUAUGAUGUUGUGGAGAUGCUAAUAGGAAGCAAAUGUGAGCUGCUUUCUCGAAUGUUUUGGGAACACCAGUCUUUGGAACUGAACAAGAGUAUCAGUAAGAAACAACAUGGAUUGACCACGCUGAAUGUGGUGAGCCACAAGGUUCCAACUGUAUCUGCCAAGUUCCAGGAGUCACUGGAGGAACUACUGGAGGAAAUAUCCAAGUGUAAUCCAUUAUUUGUUAGAUGUAUGAAGCCAAACACAUGUAAGGCUGCACUGAUGUUUGAUACAGCCAUUGUGCUGGAACAGCUGAGGAACUUGGGCAUAUUGGACACCAUCCGCAUUCGCAAAAAAGGGUAUCCAAUCCGAGUUCCAUUCAAGCAGUUUGCUGACAGAUACAAGUUCAUGAUCGGUGAGCUGAACCCAGACUCAGACCCCCGAGGUGUGUGCAUCAUGAUUCUGGGCAAGCUGGGCAGCCACUUUGCUGACCAGUUUCAGCUGGGGCAGUCUAAGGUGUUCUUGCGGGAGGUUGUGGAGCAUCAUCUGGAGACGGAGCGGAGUCGUAUUCUCAACCUGGCAGCAACUCAGGUGCAGAGGGUCUUUCGUGGCCACGUGGCAGCAAAGGCCUUCAGCAGGAUGAAAUCUGCUAUUGUCACUAUCCAAGCAGGAAUCCGCAUGGCAAAAAUCAGGGAGGCAUACUUGGAGCUGAGGAGAGCUGUGGUGUUUGUGCAGGCAACAUGGAAGAUGAUCUUGCAGAGGAGGCGAUACAUCAAGCUUCGUGAAGAGGCUCAAAAGCAAGCAGAAUUGAAUCGACUGGCCCAGGAAAAGGCUGACAGACUUGCAAUGCAAAACAGGAAACAAGAAGAGGCCCAACAAGCUCGUGAAAUUACAGAUCUCAGUCAUAUGGAAAUUCCUGCCGAACUUUCAUACAUCUUUGACAAUAUAAAAUCAUGGCACCCCCAGCACACUGACAGAAAUGUUGUGAAAGUGUUCAGCCAUGUUGCAGAACAGCCCUUCAAGUCUUCUCUCCCUGCUGAUGUGGACUGGCAUCAGCUCUCCAAGUACAUCAGCAUCUACCUCAAGGGAGGGAGAUGGGGAGUGACAAAGAAGCCAAUCUCUGCACCCUUCCAUAGGAUGAGUAAUGAUGAUGCACAUCAGGCCAUUGCUGUAUUCAAGAUGAUUCUCAGGUUCAUGGGCGACACCAGGCUGACUGAAGAGAAGGAGCGGCUGCUGGGGAACUACAUUGUUCAGAUGGGUCUAAAAAAUGAGGCUGUUCGGGAUGAGAUUCUGUGCCAGCUGUGCAGUCAGACAUGGGGAGAGGGACCUGCCCACUGGAACCGUGAGCGCGGGUGGAUUUUGCUGACAAACUGUCUGUCAUCUUGGUUCCCAUCUCCUACACUAUACAAAUACCUUCUCAACCAUGUGUCCAACAGUAUGGAUAAUGGCUACAACAACCACUGUCAGCACAAGAUGUUACAUUCUCCAGCCAUGGAUGAGGGUCUGCCGCGUACCUACCCGCCGUGUGUUUUGGAGUGGAAGACAAACAGGAAACUAGCUAACAUGGCCUUGGAGACAAGGUUUCAUGAUGGUGAAGCUUUCACAUCCUCUGUGAACUCCUGGACAACCGGCGAGGAGUUUGGCGUCACAGUCCUGCACCACAGAGGAGUCCAGGAUGAGAACCUGGGCUGGACGGUUGUGCUGCGGGAUGGAACAGAAGAGUACGAGCUGGCCGGGUACGACUAUGUCCUCGACCUCAUCGCAGAGAUGGAGAUGGCACCUGGAUUCCCUGUCUGCAAAUCCUUCUUUCUUGUAUCCUCAGAUAAAAUGGCGAGUAAUGCUGAGGAGGUGGACAUAUCAUUCUCAGAUAUCCCCACCAAGGUUCCUCCGCUGCUACAGAGUGGAGUAAGAGGAUAUUCAUACGAUGGCCCCCUAAAACACACAGAAAGAUUGUCCCAACAAUCAGAAUAUGUGCAUAACUUCCCUCAAAGGCAAGCUGCCAAUAAGGACUCCAUGCUGGGCAGCAGUGACUAUCUGCCGUACGAUUACAAACUCCCGAUUCGAGAUUAUGGCCUGCCACCCGCACCAGACUACACCACAGAGGAUGGCGGCAGGUUCCACCAUGGCCCUGGGAGUCCGUCAUCAUCUAGGUCAACGCCUCAACACCACAUGUCCAACAGGAGAAUGGGCAACACUCCACACAGAGAGACAAGACUAAGGCACAAGAGCCUUGGGGGCCGUUCUGUGGGAGGGCAGUCUAUCCCGCACAGCGAAGUGUCCCAGUCAGGUCUGGAUGACUACCUGGACAGACUCUUCAACCCUGUCUUGUCAGACGACAGCUCUGAGCUCGGUGAUGCAGCUGGUAUGGAGGUGCACAUGAAGGGAGGAGGACAAGCACCUGCACCACCUGGAGCGGCUGGGACUACAGGAACAUCCUCGACGACACCCAAGAUGGCAGGGCAAAAUGUGGAUCUCAAUGCAGCAAAUAGCAUGAUGGGAAUGCAGCCAGGAAUGAUGGGAGUAGGACUCUUGCCAACUAUGCCAAAUAUGGGGCUGAUGCAAGGUGUGGGGAACCCUGCCCUGCUGCAACAGGCAAUGCUUCAGCAGCAGGCAUACCUGGCACAACAGAUGAUGCUGCUUCAGCAGCAGCAGGCCUUGUUCUCCCAGCAGUCCCAGCUGCCAGCCCAGCAGGCCCCAGGCAUCCCGACACAACACCGCUCUCCCCACAGUCACAGCAGCACAAGCAAACCUCCAUCACUGUCCUCAACAGCUUCCUUAACGGAACAAAGUCCAGAUGAGACCGAUGCCAUCCCGACUGCUGUACAGGGGUCUCCUGCAGCUGGUUCCCAGGUGGCUCCUAGUAAAGUGAAACCUCCUAAUGUAGGUCUACCUGACCCAAAUGUAACUCCCUUCACAAAGGAUGAAGACAGCACUGAGUCUGAAGAAGAAACUCGCUCUCAUGCCUUCUACACCAAAACAACUCCAAGAAUUCGUGUGGGUAAUAUUGAAUGGCCACCCGUGGCAGAGAAGCCACUCAAGAGAAAGCAACGUGAUGUUGGCAAACUCCUGAUCGAUGACCACACUGCAGACUUGUUGAGUGGGUCACUCCAACCAAAACAGCCAGAGGCAGGGCAGCAGCAACAAGAGGAUGGAACGGUCCAUGUGCGGAUUUCCUCAGGAGAAAACAAGGUACCUACAAAGGAGUCUGCGCUGUCAGCUCAUCUCCAGGCUAUAGACAAGCUGAAACGUGGUUCUCCUAAGAAAGUGUCCAUCAGUCCUGCAUCAGCCUCACCAGCUAAGGAGCCUCGUCCUGACACUACAUCAGAGAAGAAGACCUCUCCAACAACACCAGCUGCACCUGUAGUGGCCAAGGCUCCCGUAAAGGAACUCGAGAAGUCACCUGUAAAAACUGCUUCUCCAGUCCUGCCUAUGUCACCCUCAAACAAGAAUCCCAAAUUCAUACUGAAGAAGAAGCCAGAUCCUCACCAGGAGGCGAUGGCUAAACUGGAGGAGGUGAAGAAAAAGUUGCCCCCUUCUGUUGACACACCAGCUGCAGCAGCUCCGGCCAGUAACCCUCCUACAGUACAGAAGGCAGUCCGGACAGCAGAGAACAGCUCAGUACAGCAACCACAAGACAUGAAAGCAGAAAGUACAGAGUCUGAAGGUGAAGACCAUCACAAAGCAGCUUUGGCAAAGAUUGGAGGUGUUAUCAUCAAAAGAGUGCAGUCAUCAUCCCGAGCAGGCCACGCAGAAUCCCUGCUGUCCUCAGACUCUGACUCAGAUGCAGUGUCUGAAAAGAGUCAGGACUUGAAGGUACACCAAGAGGCCCUUAGGAGGCUGAGCCAGAAAACAGGUAGACCAGUGCUUCCUCAGAAUCACCCAACAGAUGAAGCAGAUGCAGGGGGACAGAUAGAUGCACCACAGGCACCUGAUGUUGUAUCCCAAGAUGGUUUUCCCCGGUCAGGACAGACUAAGACAGAACUCUACCCUCCCAAUCCUGGGCCUUACUAUACCUACACCAGGGUGCACUGGAACCUGUGUGUCAGGAAGGAGGUAUUUAAUCCCACAGAGAAGUUGGAGAAUCCCAUGGCACUGAACCUCGUGUUUGCACAGGUGGUGCAUGAUGUGUCUAGGAUCAACAGCUGCCUGAGGAUGACCAUUGAGGAGAGCAGCAAGCUACAAACCAUAUUUGACGAACAUGGAAUCACACCAUCCAAUCUGUCCCAGACUGCGAUGACCAAGAAGAGAGUUGUGGACAUAGCACGAGACUUUCCCACCUAUUUCUGCAGAGUCUUCCCUGUAUCGGGUGACAGGGCAAACCCAGAUGUCCAGAUGUUGGGUGUGUCUCACUCUGGAGUCAGAUUCAUGAGGAGGGAUGCAGAGAGUGCGUUUAAAGACUGUCUUCAUGUGUUGAGAGAGUUCAGGUUCAAGGACAUCCGAUCAGUUGAGGUGGAGCCCAGGACUGUUUUGCAGAUCAACCUCCACAAUGGAAGCAGGAUUCCCUUGUAUACACCGAGGGCAAAGCAGAUUCAAGAUAUGAUUAGAAAAUGGAUUGAGGAUCUGAAAAAGACUCCAACUAUGUCCGUGCUACUAGAGCCUAUGUCACCAGAGAUGUUUCCAGGAAAGAACAAGAAGACAAGCUGUUGAGUUUCCAGUCAGGUGAUGUCAUAAAGUUGUUGAAGGAACUACGAGAAGAUAUCAAUGAAGAUGGGAAAGAAUCAGCUGACAGGUCCCUGCCAGAACAGGUGGAUGGGUCAGAAAACACCCAGUCAGACUGGAUGUUGGGGGAGGUGAAAGGAGACAAAGGCUACUUUCCAAAGGACUAUGUGCAGCCAGUGGCCCACAGAUCAUCUAUCUCAUCUGGGU